CAUUUUCUUCUUUAAUAAAAAAUUUUUAAGAGUAAGGCAUAAAAAAUGGAAAACGCUUACAAACAAAUAAAGGGAAAUCUUUCAAUUAUUGAAGUUCUGAAAAAUGAUACUCACCAGAAAAAAAUAGCAAUUAAAGGUAAAUUUAAUCGUAAGAAUGCCAUAAUUGUUCUCUCGAGGAAAAGUUUUUCCAGUGAUAUUUUGGAAUUGAAACAAAAAAUUUUUAAUGAAGAAACGAUUUUUGAGCUUAAAGACAGUAAUGACAAAGAAUGUCAUUUUGAGGUAACUCUGACUAAUGAAACUAACGAUAUAGAUGCAACUAUAAAGUGUCCUGCUGAAGAUAAAGAAUUUAAAGAAUUUAAAUUAGCUGAGUAUUGGUUCAUCGAAGAAACUCCAGAACUUUAUAAGAACGUCACUCUACCUUUUAUAAACGAGAAGAUACUACCGAAAGAUAAUCUCAAAUGGGUCUACGAUUUAUUAAGUGGUAAAAAAGAACAAGAACGUACACUCCAUAUUGAUAAAGAUGAAUCAACCGGAUAUGUAUUAGUAAAAGAUUCAAAAUGGCGAAGCAAGGAAAUUUCAGAGAUGCAUUAUGUUGCCUUUACUCAACAGAAACUGAUGACUAUUCGAGACUUGAAUGAAACUCACCUUCCCUUACUGAAAAAAAUUAAGAAAGAAGGCACUGAAAUUAUUACAAAAAAGUAUCCAGUGUUAGCUGCAAAUUUGAGAAUAUAUUUUCUUUAUUUACCGAGGUUUUAUCAUCUUCAUGUUCAUUUCAUUACCAAUACUGCAGAUGACGCAAUUACCAUGUUGGAUCGAAUGCAUUUGCUAUCUACAGUAAUCAAUAAUAUUGAACUUAUGCCAGACUAUUAUCAAAAAGCUACUUUAGGAAUUCGACACUGUUAUAAGAGUCCAUUUUAUUAUUAUCAAAACUAUCUUAAUAAAAAGGAAGCAGCUGAGAUCAAACCAACAAUAAAAAAAUGACGAAUUUAAAAAAAAAAAAAAAAAAACGAAAGUAAGGUAAAAGACCCAAUACCGGAACGACGAAGGGUACAUGACUGAUUUUUAUUACUUAGAAAAUAUUCAAAUGGUUCAUUAGUAAUAAUAAUUCAUCCAAUCAUAUAGAAUAAACAUGUAGUUACACGAAAAUAAUUAAAUUUAUCAAUUUUGUCGAA